ACCUCAAAAAUAUUUAGUCGUUUGAGAUUGUAUUUGUGUUGGCUUUCUAUUUAAUUGUUGAAUCUUGUUAGUAAUUGCUACUAAAUUGUGUUUUAUUGAGUGACAUAACAAUGGCACCAAUGGCGCAAAACGUUUCUGAAGACACAGAUUCUGGGUCGGAGUCGGACAGCGGGUCCAGUGCGAGUAGCAAGAAGAGCCCUAGCCCGGCUCCAUCCGGCAAGGAGGGCAGCCGAUCUAGAUCUGGCUCCCGCAGUCCAGCUAAAUCAGGAAGUGGCUCCCCACACUCCCACCAUUCCGCUGCCUCCAGAAAAUCCUCCAACGCAUCUCGGAGCAAAUCCAACUCCCCUGCCGUUUCUAACAGAUCCCGUUCCGGCUCUGCUCAGAGCAACAAAUCAGCUUCAUCAUCUGGAAGCGUUAAAGGCCGAAGCAAGUCCAAGUCACGGUCUAGAAGUGGUUCCCGUAGGUCAGGCUCAGGCAGCGCCAGAUCUCGUUCAGGCAGCGCGAAAUCUCGCUCGGCCAGUCCGAAGUCUGGCGCACAGUCUCCCAAAUCCCGUUCCCAAAGUCCCAAAUCAGGUUCCGCCAGCCCCAAAUCCCGGUCCCAAAGUCCAAAGUCCAAAUCUCAGAGUCCGAAGGGGUCGCGUUCGUCAAAGUCGCGGUCUCCAAGUCCGAAGGCGAAAAGCCGGUCGAGGUCGAAAUCGGCGAGUGCUAGUCCGAAGAGUAGGAAGUCCAGGUCUAGAUCUGGUAGUGCGUCCUCGAGGUCUAAGAGUCCUGUAGAGAGGCAGGAUGUGCAGGACAGCAGGUCGAAUUCGCCGAAUCUCAUGAUUGACGACGACCAGGCUAAGGCCAAAAGCAGAUCCAGAUCGGGGUCAAGACAGUCCAGAUCAAAAUCUAGAAGUAAAUCCAAGUCAAAGAGCCGUUCGCGGUCGCGUUCUAAGAGUUCGAAUGCGUCUGAAACUAAAACUGCAGCAGAGAAGAAGAAGCGCGCAGUGAUAUCCGAUUCGGACAGUGACGGCGGCAAGAGCGUGCCGAAACGUAAAGGCUCUGACAGCGGUUCCGAUACCAGCGGCAAGCCCAAACGGAAGGCCAAGAAACUGGUGGACUCCGACGACGAUGAUAAUGAGGAGAAAGAGAAGACUGACACUGUAACUGCCGACGCUCUAUUCGGUGACGCCUCCGACAUCAGCACAGAAGACGAAGGCGACAAGGCCUCUGGGCGUUCAAAGUCGCGCUCGCGGUCAAGGUCGCGGUCACGGUCAAGGUCACGCAGCGGGAGCCGCGGCAGGUCUGAUGACGAGCGCAGGGACGAUGAUGCUCGUAGGAGUGGAGAUGAGGGGGGCCGUGAUAAACCGGAAGAGGAGGAAGAAGUGGAAAUCCCGGAAACACGCAUUGACGUAGACAUGCCCAAGAUUUGGACGGAGCUCGGAAAAGAACUGCACUUCGUGAAACUACCCAAUUUCUUGUCCGUGGAGACUCGGCCUUACGACCCCGCCACUUACGAAGAUGAGAUUGAUGAGGAGGAGACCUUAGAUGAAGAGGGUCGUUACAGAUUGAAACUGAAGGUGGAGAAUACAAUGCGCUGGAGGACCAAUUUUGACAAAGAAGGCAACGCUAUCAAGGAGUCUAACGCGCGCAUGGUCAAAUGGUCGGAUGGGAGCAUGUCACUACACCUGGGCGCUGAGAUCUUUGACGUGUAUAAGCAACCUUUGCACGGAGACCACAACCAUCUCUUCGUCCGCCAAGGUACAGGUCUUCAAGGCCAGGCUGUGUUCCGUACAAAGUUGUCCUUCCGACCACACUCCACAGAAUCCUUCACUCACAGGAAGAUGACACUGUCGUUGGCGGACCGUUCCACUAAGACUAGUUCCAUCAAGAUAUUGUCGCAAGUGGGCGCUGACCCUGAUGCCGAUAGGAAGUAUCAACUUAAGAAAGAGGAGAUGGAGCUUCGAGCGGCCAUGCGCUCGCGGCCGUCAGCGCGGCCUAAGCGGCGUGCGGGGGCCGGCACCACGGCUGCCAGACGUGACGACUCUGAUGACGAGGGCGGCGUCAGUCUGCAGGCUAUCAAGAACAAGUACAAGCAGGGACAGAAAGCAACAGCGGGGGCAGCGAUAUACUCCAGCGAGUCUGACGGCUCGGACGUGGAGACGCGGCGCGCGCGGCGCCUCGACCGCGCCAAGGCGCUCAAAGACUCGGACUCCGAGGCAGCGACGCCCGCCCGCGGAGACGCGCGCAGCCGCAGCGGCAGCAGGAGCGGCAGCGGAAGUGCGAGCGGGAGCGGAAGCGGAGACGAGUAGGAGACACGGUUAAUAUAAUAGUUUUGUAUUGUUUUGAUACGACUUAGGGUCAGUGGCACCAAAUCGUCCGAUGAGGGAUUAUUACAUUUUAAUGUGGGAAUUUCCACAGACUGCUGCGAGACGUUGGUGUGUCUUGAUGAUUGAUCUAUGAUUGAUGCAACUGGCCCUUAGAGAAUUUACGGUGAUAUACUUCUAAGAAGUAUUUAAGCUACGGCCACAUUUUAAAGGCAAACGAGUGCACUGAAAAGUUGAUUAAGAGGAUGAAAUUUGUGAGACUUUUUGCAAAUAGCAAUGGUUUCUACGUUGCGCAU